AUGUCAUCGCCGGUUAUUGUCUCUAGUCUCUUGAGCUCUCUGCCUCCUAGACCGCCGACUCCACCUCGCGAAGCACAGCAUGCUCCUCUUGAACCAGACAGAGCCUCACUCGGACUCGAUAGCUGCUCGAGCAUCCACACUCCUCCUGGAUUCCAAUCGCCCACUUCAUCCCUUGUGACCACUUCUACCUCCCAGAGACAAAAGCGGGUCGGCUUCUCAGCUCAUGCGGAGUAUAAAGAUCCCCCCAUAUACCCCGAGGGCGAUAGCACCAAGCAGCAUCCGACUCCAGCAUCCCUCCCUCGAAGCGCAUCAAAGCCAGUCAAAUCGAUCCUGAAGGUGACGAGAUACGUCCCGAACCCUCUAGAAUCGACCAACGGAGAGACCGGCAAUCCUUCGGCUUCCCAUGCGGAUCUGGCCGUCAUGUUGGAUUCUACGCUUCAGCAGCUGGCAGGCGGCGACCGCGACACCAAGAUCGACGCCUACAUGAUAUUGACACGCGCAUUACAGGCUUCGAUCAACGUGCCGGACCGCGACGCCUUGCAGGAUAAGAUGAGCCUGUUCACGCAGUUCAUACAGCGAGACAUUACGGCUAAAACCCCCGAAGGCAAACUCGACACUUCCCUCGUCCACCAAGCCAUCAACCUUCUCAGCACCUUUCUCCAUUACCCCACCAUCGCCUACCACAUCUCCCACGAUUUCGCCGUUUUCGUGAUCGAUCACUGCAUUCGAUCGUUCGGCGAUGCCUCCACGCCGAAAGAUACGGUCCGCCGUCUCCUGCAGCUCAUCUAUCUGCAGAAUUUCACAGCAAAGGUCAUGACUUCGGACAGAGUAGGACGGUUGAUCUCGGCAUUACACAACAUUGAUGAGCGCUCGAAGGGGAAAAGCAUUAUCAAGAACCGGGUUACCGUCUAUCGGAAACUUGUCCAGCAGGCGCGCCAGCGGAUGGUUGUUCACUCGGAUUGGAUCAAGGAUAUGUUCACAGACAUGCUGAGCAGCAUCAGUGAGAUCCAAUCCUCUGCCAUCUCAUUGGGUUUGGAGGCAGCCUUUGCCCUCGGUCACGAAAAGCUGUUUCCCAAGAAGGUGAUGGAAGUUCUCAACACGUUUUACGAGGGUCGGCGGUACAUCGAGUUCUACGAGGAGAAGCUGAAGACCAUGUCCAAGGACAAGCAUCAAUCUGCUGCCGUUCCAGCCAUCUGGAGCGUGGUUAUCCUCCUUCUCCGGAUCCCUUUCGAUCAGUGGGAGUUCGCGACGAAUUGGCUGUGGAUUGUGCAGAAUUGCUUCAACAGCGCGGACUUCCCAACCAAGAUUGCCGCCAACCAUGCCUGGGGGCGUCUCGUUUGGCUCAUGCAGCUGGAACAGCGGGGGUUCAAGAGAAACCUGUCCACAUUGACUACACCAUUCGUUAGCCAGCUGAAGAGGAGAGGCCCCGGGAAGACAUCAGAAGAGCUUCGCCGGGCUGUGUUCAGUGGGAUAUGCAACCUCUUCUACUAUGCCUUCAAGCCGGGCACACCUACGCCCCUCCUCGACACCUACUGGGACAACAGCGUAAAGCCAAUUGUCUCCAAACUUCUCGAGCUCGCUCCUACCAGCGCUGACGAAUACUUCACCGAAGCAUGCGCCAUACUCAGGGGGCUCUUCGACUACAGGAGGCAGAGAAAAUGGAGAGAGGACCGUAUCGUUGAGCCCUCGCUCGUAAAGGCCGACGAGCUUCCAGCCAUCGACGCCAGAUGGAUCAGAAGCAACCCUGGCCGGAUCAUGGCUCUAGUAGAGCCAAUCAUUCAGCGCAGCUUUAGCGAUCAUUUUGGCAGCCAAGGUUCCGCACCUUCCGCGGUCUGGAAUGCCCUUCUCUCAGCCGUUGCAGCAGCCUCUUGCAAGGAUAUCAAGCCUGACCGUGACACUACACUCUUUAUCAAUGAGGCUUUGAGUGUCUUCCGGAGGAUAUGGGACAAAGGCCCGGAACUAUGUAGCUGGGGCAACCAGCCUGCCUGGGAACAAUUCCUGACUUCUGCCGGUCAGUUUCUGAACACCAUGUUUACCUCGCUUGGCACCCUGCCAUUCACUGAAAGGUCUGGGAAGCAGCAAGCACAGUCCAAAACACCUCUUUACACUCUCUUCUCAGUUCUUUCAUCUCCUCCUCCCAAUUUACCUGAUGAAUCGAUGUACGCAGCCAUGUUCUCCAGCACGUUCGGCCGGUUCGUGGAAUCAAAAGCGCCGAGGGUACGGAUGGACAUUGCCCGGGAUCUGCUUUCUACUAUUCCCAUGGACGCACCCCGACCCUACGGCCCUUGGCUCUUUGCUGCUCAGAAUGUACUGUCGUGGCUCGAAUAUGAGGAAGAGAGCAACCACUCGACCACGUCUUCUGGAUUGGAGCCGCCAAUUGGCAACGAUUUCCGAGAGGUUGUCAGGCUACUUGAGCGUGGCGUCAGGUCAACUCCAAACCUCCCUUUCGACGAGUGGGAGAAACUGUUCCAGGCUGCGACGGCUCGGGUACGAAAGGAGACGGGAGACGCUGGGGUGAACAUCGUCGUGGUUGAACCUUUGGCUAAGAUGCUCCGCGAGCAGAUUUCGUCCCUGGAGCCUGACACCAUUAGUACCAGGUACAUUCAAUACGUGACCCAACUUGAGUCAGCCGCAGCGCAGGAGCAGGAUGCAAAGGCUGUGAAUAACGCUCGGCGGCGACUUUGGGGUACCGCGCUUGCCGGCUCUCGUUCUUCGACUGUUGAUACCCUUGACCACUUCUACAAACUCGUCAAUGAGACGCUUCGUCGGGCAUACACGGCCUUCAGCUCUGAAAUGUCAGAGACGAUUGCCACACUCUUCCGGCGGCUCGAUAACUUCCUUAUGACAACCCACAUACUCCUCUUCCCUCGGGCGGUCUUUGGCUUUCUUGAUGGCAUCAUUCUAUGGUUCCAGGACAGCAAGCGCUUGGUUGGGUCGAAGGGCAGCAACCUCCAUGAAUAUUUCUACACUGUAUGGGACACCUUUCUUCACUUUGUCAAGCAAAUCCCAAAUCGUGAGCAGCAGCUACAGGCCCUCGAACCGUUCUUUUGCGCCGUGUUCAACUCGACUCACCUGAAAAUUGUUAACAUGGGCAUCGAGGCGUGGAACUUGAUGUUCAAGGACACCAAGCACCUGGACUACCCGGAACAGCUGAAAAGCGUGCUUCUCGGGUUGCAGUCUCGUGUCGACAUUGUUCUUCCCGGAAUCGAGCCGUCGAGCGUCUCGGAUGCUGGGCAGCAGCAGCCCAUGUACGUUGAUUCAUUCGACCUCAGCCCGCCGAAGCUGGCCUCUACGAGAUCGAGUCGUAAUGCAUCUCCUCAGCCGCCAUCUUCAGCUAUCAGAUCUUCACCGUCGAUCAAGCUUAAUUUGCCUAUCCAGUCCUCGCCUGCCGGACGGGUCACCCGAUCGCAAGCCAAGGCCCUUCAGAGGAGACCUAGGCAUGAUGAUUCCCAAGUCUACUUUGCCCCAAUCGAAUCUUCUGAUCCGGGCAGCCCUCUCGACUCUCAGCUGUUGACUGAGCACCAAAAGGAGGUUCGCGAGCGGCAAAAGGAAGAUGCCCUUCUCUUCUCUGAAAUCCGUCCAUCUAGCCCUGGCACCAAACGAAAGGAGCCGGCCGACUGGACUGGCAGUUCCCAGGAGCGCUCCGCCGCCACUCCUGAGCCUGACGGUGCGUUUGACGAUUACGUGUCCUCGACACCAACGCCCCGUCGUGGCCAGCCACUCCCGUUGCUUGAUUCGGACAUGAUAGAUCCGCCUUCGUCGCCGCCACAGCCGAGACCGAACCCGUUGAAAGCAGAGAUCAGGUCGAGGUCUAUCUGCAACAGCUUGCUACAAGAAUGGCAGUUCUCAUCUUCGCCGGUUUCUGGCUCACCUACACCCACACGCAUCAUUCCCGGAUCAAACAGCCAGCGUGAUGUGGCUAAUGUUCCAGCGACAGAUGAUGAUCAGCCACGGCUGCCAGUCCGUCCUGGAAAUGACGACACCAAGGGCGAGACCGACUCGGCUGCGGAGGAGGUCAUCGAAGAGAGCGUGAUCCUGCCCUCUCGGUCUCCUAAAGCCCCUGCAAAACAAGUCGAACUUCCCGCGGACGAAGACCUCUCUAUUCCGCGUCAAUCACCCCUCCCCGAUCCCGCCCGCGAACGCGACCCAACUCCCAUGUCCGACGGCCGCGAGGAGUAUGUCGAUGCUCCGACGAGUCCGUCCCCUUCCCCUAAGCAGACCAUGAAAACUUCUGCUGCUUCUGCUGCUGUAGAGGGUCCCGCCGAUAAUGACAAGUCGUUCGUCAGCAAUCCGUCUUUUGAUAUCAGCGAGGCAGACGAGCGUAGCAUGCUUCGUCUUGUUGUGGAGAUUGAUUCACGAAAUCUCAAUUCGGCUGAAUAUAAACGGUCGUCUGCGAGCCUGACUGGGAAGGGGCUGGCUGGGAACGUAGGGGAGGUUAGCCCGGGCUGUAUUGUCGUUCGUGAUGAGACUCCGAAAAAGAGUGAGGUGGUCAAGCCGGUCACGAAGAGAGCUAGGGCUGGGUCGACUGUUGCGGGGGUGUCGGAGAAGGAGGAAGACGUUCCUGUGAGCUCGCAGCAGCCACAGUCGGCGCAGACAAGAAGGGGCCGUCCGCCGAAGAGGAAGAGGGCGGGUUCUAAGGCAGAUGUGGCGGGUGCUACCAAGAGGCAGAAGAGAGAAGGGAGUGAGAAGAGGGAGAGGGUGUCUGCUAUCCAAACAGCAAUCGUUCCCAGCUCCGACGCGGAGCCUCAACAGCAAGCUGUUCAGUCCAGAGCUGUCGAGGCCAAAGAACCUCCUUCGAAAGAAGAGGAACGCAUGCCUAGCUCGUCAGCAGAUCUUUCCAGCUCGCAAGGGCUUAGUACCAAAGCUGAUCACUCCCAGCAGGAGGAGGAGGAGGAGCAACAGGCCCUGGCUCUGUCGCCUCUAACCUCGUCCGCCGCUGAUGUUCUGGACAUCGAAGGCGACGAUGAUUUCGAGGUACAGUCACAGAUUGCGUUGGAGACGUUGACGGCUAGUCAGAGGCAGCAGCAAGAGGAAGAAGAAGACGAAGAUGAGGAGCUUCCUGUUGAGGUGCCUAUGGCUUUGCUUACCACUACCGCACAGCAGGGGAACCAGCAGCAGCAAGUUGUUGCUGCUGGCCAGGAAGAGGAAAAGAAGAAGCCUUUGACUGUGGGCAACCAGUUCCAGAAGAUGAUGGAGCUUUUCCGCGCAGGGCUGGACGAGCUGCGCAUAGCGCGGCUGUCUAGGCAGGAGGUAUACCAAAUCGAGGAUUUGUUUAUGGAUAUGAGGAGGGAGUUGUAUGAGGCGGAGAGGAGGGGAAGGAGCUGA